AUGUCGCUGCAGACCCCGUCAGCGGCCACUGCUGCCGCCGACCUACCCGCCGGCCCCGGCGAAGGGCUGCCGGCGGGAGCAGAACUGAAUGAGGACAGCACGGCGCCCCCGUCAGCCCAGGAGGGCGGCGAGGAUGAGGAAGAAGAGGAGGAAGAAGGAGAGAAAGAAAAGGAGCGAGAGAUACUGCCGCCCAUCCCGACAGGAUCCAGCGCGGCAGCCGGGGGGUUGGAAAGAGGAGCCAAAAAUCAGUUUUCCACUUUCAGCAGUUUCAUCUCAAGUAUCAACCAAAAGAAAGAAGGCAUCGGAAACAGAAAUUCACCCACACAACUUGUUAUACCCAGCAUCAAAAAUGUGAGAGACCUACCACCCAUUUGCCUUGACGUACGACAAAAGCAGCGCAUCUCUAUAGAUACGCUACCCCAAGAAGUGAAAGCGCCGAUUCCUCCUGAACCUUCCUUUCCCAUCCGAACCAAAACUGUGCAAGAUUUUCAGGAUGAUGUGGAAAAGGCUAAGUCAUCAGGAGAUUGGAAAGCUGUACAUAAUUUUUAUUCCACAACAUUUGAUUCCUUCCUGGAGAUAAAUGCUGCAUUUAAGAAAGACACCAGUUCUCCAUUUAAUACCAUUGAGGACUCUGGAAUCGAUGCAAAUUUUGUGAAUGUUGUCUAUGAUGCCUUAUUAAAUACUCCUCAAGAUGUUCAGAAGUCAGUCCUAAAAGGAAUAAUUAAUGGUUUGCUACAAGAAUGGAAGGGGCCACGAACAAAAGAUGAUCUUAGAGCAUACUGUAUACUUCUACAGAAUCCUCAAUUUAGUAACACUUCUACCUAUGUCAUCUAUGCUCACUUGCUAAGACAGAUAGCAGCCUUAACAGAAGCUGACCAUCAUUUCCUAGUGCACUGGUCUAAAAAGAUUACACAAAAGAGGUUCAAGCAGCUGGUGGACAGGCUACUGCAAUUUAUUUCUUUACGUCUGUUUCCUGCAAAACCUGAGGAGUUUCCACCCAUGGUGAAAUGUACCUGGUGGAUUCCAGCAGCAACCAAAGUCCUGUCUUUAUUUAAUGCUUCAAAUAGUCUGAUCAGUCCUCCUAUCAUUUCAUACACGGAUUUCUAUAAUUCUACUCUCGAUCAUAUUGAUCUUAUGGAAGAAUAUCAUAACUGGCAAUGUUAUGGAAAUUCUCACAGGUUUUCUUUCUGUCAAUACCCAUUUAUUAUUUCUAUAGCGGCAAAAAAAGUUAUUAUUCAAAGGGACUCAGAACAACAGAUGAUAAGUUUUGCAAGGCAAAGCCUUGUGGAUAAAGUCUCUCGCAGACAGAAACCUGACAUGAAUAUGUUGUUCCUAAAUGUGAAAGUAAGGAGGACACACCUUGUUAGUGACUCACUUGAUGAGCUAGCAAGGAAGAGAGCAGACCUGAAAAAGAAGUUGAAAGUCACAUUUGUAGGGGAAGCUGGUCUUGAUAUGGGUGGCCUGACAAAAGAAUGGUUUCUUCUUCUGAUUCGACAGAUUUUUCACCCAGAUUAUGGCAUGUUCACCUACCACAAGGACUCUCACUGCCACUGGUUCAGCAGCUUUAAGUGCGACAACUAUUCUGAAUUCCGGUUGGUUGGAGCCCUUAUGGGACUUGCUGUGUAUAAUAGCAUCACCUUGGAUAUUCGUUUCCCACCUUGCUGUUACAAGAAAUUAUUGAGUCCUCCUAUUGUUCCAUGUGAUCAUAACACACUCGUAGGCAUCUGUGAUGUCACAUUAGAUGACCUGUUUCAAAUUAUGCCUGAACUGGCCCAUGGACUAAGUGAACUUCUAUCAUAUGAAGGCAAUGUUGAAGAGGAUUUUUAUUCAACCUUUCAGGUUUUUCAGGAAGAAUUUGGUGUUAUAAAAUCAUACAACUUAAAGCCAAACGGAGAUAAAAUUCCAGUCACAAAUCAGAAUAGGAAAGAGUAUGUGCAGCUCUAUGUUGAUUUUCUUCUCAACAAAUCAAUCUACAAACAAUUUGCAGCUUUCUAUUAUGGAUUUCAUAGUGUUUGUGCUUCAUAUGCAUUACUGCUCCUUCGUCCAGAAGAGGUUGAGAUUCUUGUCUGUGGCAGUCCUGAACUGGAUAUGUCAGCUUUACAGCGAAGUACCCAAUAUGAGGGCUACCAAAAAAGCGAUCUUACUAUACGAUACUUUUGGGAUGUAGUACUGGGAUUUUCUCUUGAUCUUCAGAAGAAGCUGCUACAUUUUGCUACAGGAAGUGACAGAGUACCUGUGGGAGGAAUGGCUGAUUUGAAUUUCAGGAUUUCAAAGAGUGAAACAUCUACUAAUUGGUUACCUGUGGCUCAUACGUGCUUCAAUCAGCUUUGUCUCCCUCCUUACAAGAGCAAGAAGGAACUGAAGCAAAAAUUGAUCAUUGGAAUUUCGAAUGCAGAAGGGUUUGGUCUAGAAUAA